AUGAAAAAGAACCAGACGGUGCAGGGCACCUUCAGCAAGCUCUUCGGGAAGAAGCACGCCAACCCCGCCGCCACCUCCCUCUACGCCACCAACCCCCCGUGGAUUUUCACCCAAGAAGCCCCGGAGGAGGGGACCAGGGAUUUUGAUGGGAUCUAUUAUGGAGACAAUCGGUUCAACACCGUGAGCGAGUCAGGAACAGCCACACUGAAAGCUCGGCCAAGAGUCCGGCCCCUGCUGACCUUCCUCCCACUGAAUGCCCAGGAGAGCCAUGGGCUGGCUGUGCCCACCCCUUCUGUCCCAGAAGACUUUGCAGACAAAGAGGUGACAGGUACCAGCUCACUGGUCAAUGGCAACCUCCGACUGUACAGCUCUGUGGGUGACCUGAGGCCUGAGCACUAUGGCCUUAAUCUACUCAUCCCCCCACCUCCCCCAGGCCCAGCCCCAGGGCCACCCCAGGACAUUUCACAACCUCCAGUGGAGGCCCCACCACUGCCUCCACCUUUCACAGCUCCCCUACCACCUCCUCUGCUGCAGGAAUCCCAACCCCCACCCCCACCCAGCACGGCCCCACCUCCACCUCCAGUACUGGACACCCUAUCCCCCCCUCCCGCUCUCUCCCCGCCCUCCACUCCCACCCCUCCUGACUUCAUUCCCCCUGCCCCACCACUGGCCUUUCUAGCCCCUCCGCCACCCUCCUUGCCAGCCCCAGCACCCCCAGCUCCAGUGUCUCCUCAUGUGAUGGGGACUCAUCACUUUCCCCCUGGGGGUGUCACCAAGUGGAAAUCAGAGGUAGCACUGAAUGGCAGGCAGUCAGAGGCCCCUAGAACCAGUCCCCCCAGGAGCCCUACUGAGCUAAAAGGGAGCCAAAUGGGACCUAACCCAGAGCCUCAUCUCACCUUCCCCCGUUCAUUCAAAGUGCCUCCCCCAACCCCAGUCAGGACCUCAUCUAUCCCAAUUCAGGAAGCACAAGGGGCUCCCCCAGAGGAAGAAGGGGCUACCAAGAAGGCUCCCAGCCGCUUUCCACUGCCUCCUAGCUUCCACAUUCGUCCCGCCUCCCAGGUCUAUGCAGACAGAGUCCCUGAGCCAGACCACCCCAAGGAGCCCAGGGCAGAGGCACCAGCGCCAGACAGCCCAAGGCUCAGCCAGCCAGCAACCAAGGAACAAGCAGGGACUCCAACCCCCGCCCCUCCCCUACCCCCUCCUGCGCCCCCCCUCCCUCCCCCUGCACCUCCCCUUCCUCCGGGGGCUUCUCCUUUGCCUUCUGCUGGGCAGGCAGCCCCUCCACCUUUCAGGUUUACCAAAAGCCCUAAAUCCAGCUCACCUGCUCUCAAACCCAAGCCCAGACCCCCCAGCCCGCAGGACACCUCCUCUUCAGAACCUGUGGACUGGCGGGAUCCCAGCCAGAUGGAAAAGCUGCGGAGUGAGCUGGCAGCCUAUCUCUGUGGCUCCAGGAGUCACAGGCCAGGCCCCAAUGUGGCCUCUCAGGACAAAGAGGGCAAGAAGGGCCUCAGUCAGCUAGAGGAGGCAGCCCCCACCAGCCUGCCAGAGAAACCCCCACCAGGCGCUCCUGAGAAGAGUCCCUGUAGCAGCAGUGUGCCCCUACCCCCAGUGGACUACAUCCCCCAAGAUGCACCAACCCCCAGUGUUCGACAAAUCCGGAAUGAGCUGGAGGCCAGGCUGGCCUCAGCUGCAGACAAGGAGACCAAGCCCAGCAUCAGGUCUCUACCACCUAAACCUCGGCUGGAAGGGGGAAGAAUUUUUGAAAAUGGGACUGUUAAUGGCAAAUUCUCCAAGCCUGUACCCAAGAAUCCACCAGCUCUACCUACCAUGCCUCUUCCAGCCACAUCACUCCAAUCCAAAGACACACCUGUGCAGGCCACACCACCCAAGGCCACACCUGGGCCAGCCACACCACCCAAGGCCACAUCUGGGCCAGCCACACCACCCAAGGCCACACCUGGGCCAGCCACACCUCCCAAGGCCACAUCUGGGCUGACCACACCUGAACCAGCCACACCUGAGCCGGCCAUAUCAUCUGCAGCCACAACUCUGCCCAUUAGGUCAUCCCAACUGAUGGCAGAAAAGGACCUCAUCCCUGUAGGGCAGCAGCAGAAGACAGAAUCUCAAGAGAGUAUAGUAUCCUCCCAGCCAGAAGCCAAGGAGCCCACAUCAGAGGCCAAUAGGCUGCCCAUACCAGAAGCCCCCUCUUCUCCAGCCCUCCUACCAAAGAUGUCCCCUAACCCAGAAGAAGUGCCAUUUCUCUACAAGCCCCAUCGCAACCAAAACAGCCCUAGCCGUGAGGUUGCUGUGGUGAUGCCUACGCUGGCCAGAGGAGGGGCAGCAGAGUCAGAAGAGAAGGAGCCCCAGGGCCUGCCAGUCAAACCCCCUGCCCCAGCCCAGCCUGCUGACCAAUUCCUCAGACACCCAGUGACUGGGGAAGUGGUGGAACAGGGCUCCCCCAUGGCCCUGCUCUUGGCAGCCAGGCAGAGAGCACAGAAGGGGAGGUCUGGAGGGGCAGCCCUGGGGCGGUCUUCCCUGCCUGGGAGUCUCCAGGGCCACAGGAGCCAUCCUGAGGCUAGCUCCGACAGCAUCUUCUACAGCGAUGGCCGGCCCAACUCCUUCACUGUGGUUCCCAAGUUACCCAAGGACGCUGAGAAGGACUCCCAGCUGACCUCGGCUGCGCCGCCCAUGGCACCCAGUCAAUGGAAGCCCCCGCAGGGAAGAGACCAAGAGCCAAUCCAUCGUCCCAUGUGGACCAAGGCAGAGCCCCGAGUCCCUGUGGCCUGGGAAAGACCAGCUCUCUCCAACCUCUCCCAUGGCCGCAUGCUGCCCAAGUCCUCCUCCUCUCCACCCUCUCCUUCCUACAGGAGGAAGGACGAGGAAGAGGAAACGGAAUUCAGCUUUGAGGUGAUCCCACCGCCGCCAGAGUUCAGCAAUGACCCCGAGCCCCCGGCCCCGGCCGUCCAGUACGUGGGCUGCCGGGGGUUCCCAAAACGGAACAACUUUUCAGACUUGGGGCAGCCCCUGGACGCGGGCCCUGCGGCCCCGCCGGCUCGUGGCUUCUCGCGCUUUCCCGGUGCGUUCUACUCCGGGGCCGGGGGCCUGGAGCGCUUUUCGGGCGGGGGCCGUUCGCUCAUCAAGAAGCGCUUGUACGUCGGGGAGCCUCCCCGCAAUCCCGGGCUGCCCCGUGGCGCCCCCGGCCGCAGCCUGAGCACUCCCAACUGCUUCGGACCGGCGCCCGGAGGGCCCUUCGGGGCGCCCGGAGGCCCGGAGAUGCGGCGCGUCAACUCCGCGGGUCGCGCGCCCCCCGGCGGCUUGCACGCGCGCAGGCUGUCCCAGGAGGGCGCUGCCCGGGGCGCCGCGGAGGCCAAGUACAAAGCGCCGGGUGGCGGAGGCAGCGGAGGCGCAGACUACAGCUUCGUCCCUGCUACCAGCAGAUCUCCUCACAACACCUCCCAUUAUGGAAGCCCCAUCAAUACAUUCACCGUGAGGCCUGGAACCCGUCAUCCCAUCUCCUAUGCCUACUCAGGAGCUCACCGCAAAGCCACAUCCUGA